AGUACAAGACAACACAACAUUCACAAAUAAAACCUAAAUAAUGAGGCUUGUUACCAGUUUCGUGUCAGUAAAAGAAAAGAAGGGGAAGAGAAUAGAAAUUAAAAUAUGUUAGGUGAAUAUUUUGGUUGCAGAGAUCGGAUAUGAAACUCACAAAGGAGGAGUUUGAAGAGAUGCUGCAAGAAGUGAUUGUAGAGAGUGGAUUUACUACAGGGUUUAGAGUAAAGGACAUACUCCCCUAUAUUUUCGGAAUUCCGAUUACUGCGUUUAUGAUCAAGCAACGUUUCGGACCGAAGACGAUCCCUAACGACUUAUUCAUUCCGGCCAUCACCUCUGCCACUGUCUUCCUCCUUGCAAAACUUCAUAAAAUUUGAUCAAUGUACAUGGCUUGCUCAUCCAAAUAUCAGAAUGACUCCACAGAAAAUACAUAUUGAUAAUAUGG